CUUGUUCUUGCUAGCUUCUAAAAGUUUCUGAUUAUUUUAUUUUAUUUAUUAUUCUUACCUUUUUAUCAAGAAAUAAUACAAAGUAUAUAAUGACAACUGGCCAACUUCUUAUCUAGGUACAUUGAAAUCAAAUAUAUAAAUAGAGACCCCUGAGAGAUUUGUGGAGACAUUGCUAGCUCUGUUUUCUCUCUGUUUAUUUUUUCAAGAAUAAAAAAAAGUGAGUGAUCAGCCAUGGUAGCAAUAGUGAAAUAUGGGAUUAUUGGUGUUGGGAUGAUGGGAAGAGAACAUUUAAUCAAUCUUUAUCAUCUCAAAAGUGAAGGAGUUUCUGUUGUUUGCAUAGCUGACCCACAUGUCCCUUCUCAAAAGUAUGCCCAAAAGUUAGCAGAAUCCUUUAACUGGAAUCUCCAGGUUUUUGCAGGGCACAAACAGUUGUUAGAAAGUGGGCUCUGUGAUGUGGUGGUCGUUUCAACUCCAAACAUGACUCACUAUGAGAUUCUCAUGGACAUCAUCAAUCACCCAAAACCCCAUCAUGUUUUGGUGGAGAAGCCUUUAUGCACAAAUGUUUCAGACUGCAAAAAGGUUAUAAGUGCUGCCAAAGGGAGAUCAGAUAUGCUGGUACAAGUUGGGCUAGAGUACAGAUAUAUGCCACCUGUUGCAAAGUUGAUAGACAUAGUUAAAGAAGGAGCUUUAGGAAAAGUCAAGAUGGUUGCAAUUCGAGAACAUCGAUUUCCAUUUCUUGUUAAGGUCGAUAAUUGGAAUCGCUUCAAUUGCAACACUGGGGGAACUCUGGUAGAGAAGUGCUGUCAUUUCUUUGAUCUCAUGACGCUUUUCAUUGGAGCUAAUCCUGUUCGUGUGAUGGCUUCUGGAUCGAUGGAUUUGAAUCACAAAGAUGAAGUAUAUGAUGGACGGGUGCCUGACAUGAUUGACAAUGCUUAUGUAAUUGUGGAAUUCGACAAUGGUUGUCGUGGCAUGCUUGACCUCUGUAUGUUUGCUGAGGGAAGUAAAAAUGAGCAAGAAAUAUCUGUAGUAGGUGACAUUGGAAAGGGUGAAGCACUUGUGCCUGAGAGCAUUGUGCGUUGGGGAGCACGAGCUGAAGGAAAAAAUGGCGUACAAACCUUCCUAGCUGAAGAUAAGCGAAUAAAAUACGAUGGGCUACAUCAUGGUUCAAGCUAUUUGGAGCACCUCCAGUUUUUGUCAGCAGUAAGAGCAAGAGGAGAACAAGCUCCUGCUGUUGGUUUACAUGAUGGAUUGGUUUCAGUAGCUAUUGGAGUUGCUGCGCAGCUUUCGAUUCAGAAAGGUCGAUCUGUUAUGAUUGAGGAAGUCAUGCAUGAACAGCUUCUUCAAUCCACCUAGUCUUGAUUAGAAUGUAGUAACAACACAAAGAACAAAGAUAUCUAGAUCUUGAUUUGUCUUUGUUCUUGACUUUUCAACUAUUCAUCAUAUUGAUGUUGAAGAAAUCAUUUCACAAAA